GCUCUUAUCCAGAGCGACUUACAGUUUAGUGAGUGCAUACAUUAUUUUUUAUUUUAUUUUUCUUACAUUGAAUAAUAUCAGUGAAAUAGGAAAACACUUUUAUCGCCAGGCCUCUUUGAUAGCUUGCCGUAGAGCCUUAUUUUCUCAGUCCUUUUGCACGAAAACUACCAGUGAUUCUACAGCCAUGGAUCUCAGUGGCAUGCGAAAAAAAUACAAAGGAGACGAAGAGUGCUUUGAAGAGAAUCAGCUUGUUUCUCUGGACCCCAUCAAGCAGUUUGGAGAUUGGUUUGAUCAAGCCACAAAGUGUCCUGAAAUUGGAGAGCCCAAUGCAAUGUGCAUUGCCACAUCUACCAAAGAUGGACGUCCAUCUGCUCGUAUGGUCUUGUUAAAAGGCUACAGUAAUGAAGGCUUCCGUUUCUUUACCAACUACGAGAGCCGGAAAGGUGGAGAGUUGGAGAGCAACCCUUACGCAUGUCUGUGCUUUUACUGGGAGCCCAUCAACCGGCAGAUCCGUAUCGAGGGCAACGUGGAGAGAAUCCCCUUCCAGAGCUCCUGUGACUACUUCCACUCCCGGCCCAAGAGUAGCCAGAUCGGAGCCGUUGUGAGCAGGCAAAGCACUGCAGUCCCUGACAGAAAUUACCUGAGACAGAAAAAUGCAGAGCUGGAAGAAAAGUACAAGGAUACAGAUGUCCCCAUGCCCGACUACUGGGGAGGCUAUAUCGUCAAGCCUUACUUGAUAGAGUUCUGGCAGGGUCAGACCAACAGGCUACAUGACCGCAUCGUCUUCACACGGCCGAAAAAUGGAGAGAGUGUUCUAGAAGAGUAUGAACAUAAUGCUGAGGCGGGCUGGGUCUACCAGAGGCUAUCCCCUUGAGGUCAGUUACAUUAGGGGAAAUGGAGGCAAGGCUGGAGAUUGGGCCCACCGUACAACUCACUCAUGAUGUCAUCAUCAAUCAAACGACCACCAUCAUCUCAAUGCAGUAGGAGCCUCUCAUGUUGAAUGGAAGACCUAUUGAUGUUGAAUAACUACGUGUUAUAGGAUGUGUGUCUUAACAAGCUAUAAUUUGCUGUUCUUUUCAGGUGUUCUUGUUUAAUACCAAAUCAAGGAGAACGUUUCUGGUUGGUUAGGAAGCCUGAUUGCCUGUUGUCUCCAGGGCAACAAUGGGAAAUUAUUAACGUGAAGCGACUAUACUGUCUAGCACAGACCUGUGACGUAAGGUUUUCCAAAUCUCAAUAUGCUGUAUGACACACUUUACAUUCCCUGACGCUUGAAGUGCAAAGUCUGUCUAGUACAGUAGUCAAUGUUAGAUAAUGAUUGACAGUAAAUCGGUAAUCCAAUGAUCAUGCGUUUCCGCAGACCUCAACAACCUCUAGAAAAUCUGUACUUGUAAAAAGCACAAUCUCCAGUACUGUCUGUCUGUUAAUUAACAUUUGUACAUGAGUUCCACUGUAUUGGAGCAGGGUUACAUGUUCUGUCUAGCUGCUAAUAUGUCUUCUAAUGGCUCAAAUCCACAGCAGUUUCUCUGUCAUAAUGUAAUACUCAUUGCCUAUUAGGCGGAAGUCCCUGUGUUGAAUUUGUUAUGGAUUGAUUGUCAUGUCUGUGGCUCAAACUACCUUUUAAUAUAGUUCAAUUAAGAUUAGAAGAGUUUAUGCGAGUUCAUUUGUGCCAAGGUAAUGAUGUGUAUAAAGUCAGUCAUGUCUGAGAAUGAGCUUGGAUGUUAACUUGUUUUUCAUGGUGUGUGAAGACCUCUGCAUUCAUGGCACUUCUGAAUUGUGAUAAUCUAAAUGGAUCUGAAAAAUCAUGUUGAAUUUGUAACUGAAUACUCAGUGCUUUUUCUGGCCAAAAGAUGUCAGUGUUGUAUCAAAAGCUACAUUUGACCUUCCUGUAAGUAUAUUGCCAUAUUUGAUAUGUUUUUCAAUCAACUUUAUUAUAUGCAGACCUUUUUAGCAUGUUAGAUGAAACAGAACUGUAUAUAAAUAAUCACGAUCACAUUAUA